AUGCGUGUUACUCUGAGGGUGAAAAUGGCGCUUGGAGCACUUGCUCCUACAGUGAGCAGAAGUGACCCUGAAAAUGAAGACUUGAAUGUUGCCGAAAAAUAUGUGCUAAGCAGCCGUCAAGUUGGCUAUGACUUGGAAGUCACUCUGACGGUGAGCAUGCUCCAGACGAAUGAUGCUCCUGGCGAAGCUACUCCGAAGGGUGAGCAUGCUCCAGGCGAAGAGUGCUCCGAUGAUGAGUUGGAUGAGAAGAAAUCCAAAGGAAUGAUGCAUAACACGGAAAAGGCUCUGUUAGAUAUACUUGGAUAUGAAAAGGACGCUCUGGGAGACAUGCCUGCUACGGAAGGUGCCUCCAUUAGGCAUCGAAAUGAGAGCCACAAAAUCUACGACCAUCCCACUUCCACCCCUCUUAUUCUCAUCUCCUCCCCAAACCCACCGCACCAAUCACCGCCGUCCGUCGAUCCCGCCGCCGCUCCCAUCCGACGGCCUUACAAGCUCCGGACCAUAAGAAGGUCUCUACUGAACAGCACUACCAAAAGAACGCCACCAAAUACUGGGACAAGUUUUACAAAUGCCACCAAGACAAAUUCUUCAAGGAUAGGCAUUAUUUGGAGAAGGAUUGGGGGUGUUUCUUUGCCGAAGAUGACUUGUCCUCUAAUGAUUGGGUGUGGCUCUGGCAGUUCUGUCUUUCCCCUUUUGGCUGCAUUCCCAAAUAUUUAUGUUCAUGCUUGUGAUUUCUCGCCACAAGCAAUUUUGCUUCUUAAGGCAAAUGUGAAUUUUAGAGAAGACAGGGUAAAUGCAUUUGUCUCUGAUGUUACACAUGAAGAUCUCUGUGACAACAUUGAUCCAUUUUCUGUUGAUGUUGUUACAUUGGUUUUUAUGCUGUCUGCUGUAUCUCCUAGGAAAAUGCCCCUAAUUUUGCAGAACUUUAAAAAAGUGAUUAAGCCAAAUGGUUAUGUUCUUUUACGAGAUUAUGCUGUUGGGGAUUUUGCUCAAGUGAAGUUACAGAACAAAGAUCAGAUGAUCGGUGAGGACUUCUAUGUCCGAGGUGAUGGUACUUGUUCAUUCUACUUCUCUGAAGAUUUUUUGUCAACCUUGUUCUUAAAUGCGGGCUUCAACACGGUGGAUUUGAACACAUACUGCAGAGAGGUUUACAAUCGUUCUCGGAAUAUCAUGAUGGAUCGGUAUUGUCCGUUUGUUAACCUGCUUCAUGAUGAUACUUAAAUGAUUCUUUUGAAGUUUUCCAAAUACAUUCCAAUGCUCUUGAAUCUUGAUGAGCUAUUACAGAGAAGGCCAAACCUAGACGAAGCAGGCUGGCAUAUGCAAGCCUUUAUCUCAAGAAGCAAUACAAAACUUUGAAGUCCAAAUUCUGGAUGUAACAC